CCCCCUCACUGCUCUUGUUUCUUUCACACCAUUUUUAAAGCUCUCAACUCUCGAUUAAUGGCGAAAACCUCUCGAGACACCUACAAAAUGCACUUCCACUGGACCAACAAAGUUGGAACCGAAGACGAUGAUGAUGUUGAACACGGUUCAACACUCAAGCACCCAUCUUCAAACCCAAAUGAUCAACAAGCCGAUAAGCAAGCAGAAUAUCUUCAACCUAAACCCCAUGUUGGUGUUCCCACACCCAGGAGGAAGAAGCUUCAAGCAGUCGCCAUUGCCAGGAUUCGAGCUCUUCUCACGGCUUUUGGGAAGAACCGUUCGAACCCGCCCUUUGGUGGUGGUCUUGGACCUCGAGUUGUCGGCACCCUUUUUGGUUCCAGACGUGGCCAUGUUCACUUUGCUUUUCAGAAACAACCCAAUUCCCUACCAGCUUUCCUCGUUGAACUCGCCACCCCCAUUAGUGGUCUGGUUCGAGAAAUGGCGUCCGGGUUGGUACGGAUUGCUUUGGAAUGCGAUAAGAAAGAACGCAAAGAAGAUGAAGGUGAGAAAAAAGAUUUGAGAUUACUCCAAGAGCCGGUUUGGAGAACUUAUUGUAAUGGAAAGAAAUGUGGGUUCGCAACGAGAAGGGACUGUGGGGCUAAAGAAUGGAACGUUUUGAAAGCCGUGGAACCAAUCUCCAUGGGAGCUGGGGUUUUACCGGUGACUGAACCAGAAGCCGGAUCUGGUGACGGUGAACUUAUGUAUAUGAGGGCUAAGUUCGAGAGAAUUAUUGGGUCAAGAGAUUCUGAAGCUUUCUAUAUGAUGAAUCCUGAUAGCAAUGGAGCUCCCGAACUUAGUAUCUAUUUGCUCAGAGUCUGAAAAUCACCAUGGAAGCUAAGAAUUAAAACCAACCUCAUUUUCAAUGUGUUAUCUUUUUCAAUUUUAAGAAGGGGUAUACCAGAUUGAUAUUAUAUCUUUUUUUCAUUGUUUAUUACAGCCAUGGAUAUGGAGCUCUCUAGUUUCUUGGGAUUCUUUUAGUUUAAAUGGAGGGGGCAUACAUUAUGAAUAUAUAUACAUGUAUGUAUAGUUUUCUUCUUCAAUGCAUUAUCGAAGU